CACUUCCGCCCUGCAGCGCCAUCUUGCCCCGCUGGUUGGAAGGUGACCGUUGGUCAGUUAUGAAGUCCGUGCCUCACGUGCCAUGAGUCUGUGGAGAGGAGCGAGGUUGACUGGCGGCCUCCGCCCCCAGGGACUGGCCUGGCUCCUGCGGGACGGUGGCUGCGGCAGGAGGGGAUGUUCCUCCAAGCAAGAGGAGCAGGAGAGCGGCCCUCCCGAGUUCUACGAUGUGGUUAUCUCGGGCGGCGGGAUGGUUGGCACCGCUAUGGCCUGUGCUCUAGCUUAUGAUCCAAAUCUAACGGAGAAAAAGAUCCUGCUUUUGGAGGCUGGAAAUAAGAAAGCAGAUGGACAGCUACCAGAAUUGUAUAGUAACCGAGUGAGCGCACUUACUCCAGGCACUGCAGCAUUCCUAAGCCGUUUGGGAGUUUGGGAUCAUAUAUGCAACAUGAGAUACAAGCCAUUCAAGAGAAUGCAGGUUUGGGAUGAAUGUUCAGAUGCAAUGAUUACAUUUGACAAAGCUAACCUGUUGGAGGACAUUGGCUUCAUUGUUGAGAAUGACGUGAUAUUGUCAGCUUUGUCUAAACAACUGACUGCUGCUGACAGAGUGCGUGUAUUAUACAGGAGCAAAGUGGUGAACUAUACGUGGCCAGAACCAAACCUAACACCUGAUAUGAACCCAUGGGUGCAAAUUGAACUUGCUGAUGGGAGUAAACUUCAGGCAUCAGUACUGAUUGGUGCAGAUGGUCCAAACUCAAUGGUGCGGCAGUCUGCUGGUAUUCAGACUAUGCAGUGGAAAUACGAUCAGUCUGCUGUGGUUGCUACCCUUCGCCUUGCUGAACCUACUGACAACAAUGUGGCUUGGCAGAGGUUUCUGGUGACUGGGCCAAUCGCAAUGCUUCCGCUGUCUGAUAAUCUCAGUUCCUUAGUGUGGUCAACUUCCCACCAGCAUGCAUCUGACCUGCUCAGUAUGGAUGAAGAGACAUUUGUGGAUGCCAUCAAUUCAGCUUUUUGGAGCAAUGAGAAUCACUCAGAAUUUAUUGACACUGCAAGCUCCAUGUUAAAGACAGCUUUAAUGUUCCUGAUGCCAUCUGGCACAUCGGUACGUCAGCUGCCACCAAGCGUGGCUCACAUUGACCCAAAAAGCAGGGCUAUGUUUCCACUUGGAUUGGGUCAUGCCACGAAGUAUGUUAGACCACGUGUUGCUCUCAUUGGGGAUGCUGCACACAGAGUUCACCCAUUAGCAGGGCAGGGAGUCAACCUGGGUUUUGGGGAUGUUGUUAGUCUCUCUCAACAUCUCAGCGAGGCAGCCUACAAUGGCAAAGACCUAGGGUCUACCAACCACCUCAAUGCAUUUGAAACAGAGCGUCAGAGACAUAAUCUCCCUGUCAUGGCUACAAUAGACCUGCUGAAAAGAUUAUAUUCAACUAAAAGUAUACCAUUGGUCUGUCUGAGGAGUCUUGGUCUGCAGGCAACAAAUGCAUUUGUACCUAUUAAGGAGCAAAUCAUGGCAUUCGUCAGUAGGUGAAUCGUAUUUCGCACCUAUCUUGGAUUUCUUCUAUCUUUGGAGGAUUGCAAAUUCUGGCCACUAGGAAACUUUUUAUUUGAAUUCCUGUUGUUCACUGUAAAGGACUGAUUUGUUAUAUUUUCUAAUUUAUUACAUUGGAAUGGAAUACAUAGUAUAGUACAAAUCAAAUAUUUACUAUCAAAUUCCUUGUCAGCUUGCAUCCAAAAUAGUGUGCCACAGAACAGUGAACAGCAUGGAUGGUGAAUGGUACAAGAAAUCCAAAAAUAGUCAGAAUGACCUCAUCGCCCACUCAUUGGUGAAGUUUGUUUGUGGUUUGUGACAGUCCAAUGCAUGGUUAAAUCUUAUAAAGGAAAGUACAAAUUAAUUCAGGCUGAUGAAUCAUAACAUGUGAUUGAAAAGAGAGAAGCCGCCUGAAUGCUUAAAUGCAUUGAAUUGUUACGCUGUAGAGCAAAAUGUACACUCUGCUAUCAUUUUGUUUAUGGGAAGGGACUCUGCAACUUGUUUUGUGUGAACAGUAUGCACAGACGUCAGAUCGUAGUGUACAUUGAACUAUCACUGUGUUUCAAGAAAUCUGAGCCUCUUGUAUCUGAUGCAGUCUGGGUCUAUCAGGGUAAAGAUAAAGCAGAGAAAGCAAACCAAGAGAUACUAUAAGAGUUAAUUAACACUUACAAAUGGUAUUUUUAUAAAAUAAGGCCAAAAUAGUGAAAUUACAUAUCAGAAAUAAAAGUAAUACUCAUGUUUUGUGAUUUGUAAACUUUCUAAUUUUGAUGUAGAUACAUUGUGAACUGGUAUUGCAAGUGGUGUCUUCAGAAUUGAGGGAUCUUUUGAAGUGAAUGGUCGCAAAAUAGCAGGAUUUCUAAGUCAAGUUUGCAAAUUAAGCAAAUCUUUCAGAUGUUUCCUGGGUGAACUCUGGUAGUCAUGUGCUAUUUGGCUCAGACCAUCAGUGAACUUGGGUAUAGAUUGAUUCCUGAAGAAGGGCUAAUGCCCGAAACGUCGAUUCUCCUGUUCCCUAGAUGCUGCCUGACCUGCUGCGCUUCUCCAGCAACACAUUUCCAUCUCUGACUCCAGCAUCUGCAGACCUCAUUUUCUCUUUAUAGAUUGACUUUCCAUAUUUUCCUACUAUUUUUAUUGGAGCAGGAUGCAAUUGCUUCCAGAGUUCUGAUCUCAGAGUGCUGUGAAUUUUAAAAUCCAGCUUAAUGUUUUCAUGAAUACAGUGAAUUGUAAGAACUGAACCGAUGAAAAUCUUAUUUUGUCAGUCAGUUUUAAAAAAAAAAAUCAGCUUAUGUUGGUACCUGUAAGUAAAUUACCUGCAGUUGUACUCCAAGGGCAUAUUCAGUGUCCUUUUUUAAUAUAAAUCACUAUAAAUACUAUUAUUUUAGUACAAUACUAGUUGGUAAUUUAACAACCUGCUUGCUAACGUUUAGUUAGUCUUAAGACAUUUUCUUGCCAAAUAUUAGUUUUUCCCCUGAACUAUUUUUUGAUUUUGAUUUGAUUUAUUACCUAAGUACGGUCAAAAGUUUUGUUUUGUGUACUGGACAGGCAGAUCAUAUCAUACAAAGUGCAUUAGGGUAAUAGAACAGAACAAGGAAUAAUGUUAUGACGGCAGAAAAAGGUGCACAGAGUGAGAUCAACAUUAAAUUUAAAAUUUGAAAAGUCCACUUGUAAGUCUAAUAACAGCAGGGAAUAAGCUGUUCUUAAAUCUGUUUAAGCUUUUGUAUCUCAGAGGUUGGAAGAGAUUUCUACCCCAUUAAAUAAUUUUGGAAUCAACAGGGUUUUGAUGUUGCUGUGCAGUGACAAUCUGCUGUAAAGAGUGAAUUAAUUGCAGGUUUUCUUUUGCCUUAUUUUAAUCAAGUACAUUUAUGUUCAACACGUAUGCAUUGAUUGACUUGAAUUCACACUUCAGUCUCAAGUUACACAUAACCCUUGUCAGUUUCUCCACUUAUUUUACAAACUAAGCCAUUGAAUGAUACUUUAAUUUAGUUAGAGGCUCCCACCAAUUGUGAUGUCUUUCCUUUAUUUAUAUUGUAUUGUGUAACUAUAGUGGGAGGGUCAGUAGUUGUAGAUGGCUGGUACAUUAUGCAAAGUGAUGGAAAUGGGGUGGAUUCAAUCCCUAUAACAGCUAAUUAUCUGUAUUUUUAAAAAGUACUAAUGUGAAAAAUUAAUUAACUUAAAUUUGACAAAUCCCUAGAACCUAAUGAUCUUUGCCCUUUCAUUUCUUAAAAUGUUAUUAAUUCAGAAAUGUAGUGACAUGGUAUUUGAAAGGAUGGAGAGAGAAAAAAGGGGAACACAGACUACGAAUAGACCUGUAGCCUGACGUUAGUUAUAGGGAAAAUGCUAGAAUCUAUUAUAAAGGAUAUGAUUGUGCUAUAUGUAAUCCUGUGUGCUUCAAUGCAUGAUAGUGUUCCCACCAUAUAGAGCUCUAUUCCGUCAGGAUUAAAGAUUAAUGUUGAUCAUCUUCGCUGCAUAGUCUACCAGAAGCAAUGUCUGCCAGUUGGGGCAACACCAUGUUGCAAAACAAACAGCAUAUCUUUAGCAUCCUUACCAGUUUCAUUGAAUAAGAUUUUGUUUAAAAUAAAACCUAUCCCUCCAUUUCAAGACGAAAGUAUUGUCAGUAAAACAAGAAUGUUCCAGCUUUGUCUUUGGUUUGCAAAAGUGAAUAAUCAGAUGCAGAAACUAAGUAUAUUUUAUUAAAUCUAGAUGUAUUUCAAGGGUAAACCAAGUGAGUAGCUCGUACAGGUAUUUUAUUUGAACAGGUUAGUUUUAAAUCAUGUUAUGACACACUGCUGAAGCAGAUGGGACUUCAGCCCAGGUUUUCUGACCCAGAUGUACUGACACCACUGCAUCAUAAGAGCUUCAACUGCUGUAGAUAAGUUGAAGUUGUCUGUCCUUCAGGGAUUGUGGAGCUGCUUCUAAAUGUGGCUGAUGUAGUAGAAAGGAACGAAAAAUAGCAAGAAGCACGCAUACUAUUCAAUAAUCAUUUAAUUUAAAAUAUCUGUUUAAUUCAUGAUAAAAGUUUAAACUCAUCUGAUAAGUUUACACCAUAAGAUCAGAGUAUUGAGAAUAUUCUGUGUAGAUGUCCUGAAUUCGUCAAUGAAAUCACUGCAAGUGAAUAUUUUAUAUGAAAUCAUUUUUACAGCCAUCAUGCAGUUAAAUACACUUGUGCAAUAUACAUAAUUUUUGAAUAAAAGCAGCAAAGAUUUUGUUCCAGGAGACAAAAUAUAGCCACAAAGUUUUGGCACAUGGCAGACAGAGAGAGAGAGAAUCUUACAUGACUGCUAACAAAGCUCUCCUACUUUCAGUGAGCGUUUGUUGAUUAAAAGCUAGACUGAAAAUGAAACCACUUUGAUCAGAGAUGUUUAAAUUGCUGAGACAGUGACUGGGCAAGAGAAUCUGAUGAGCCAUACCCAAUAUUUAUAGGUCUUCUGAUCUAUACAGCUGGCUAGUGUGAAACUAGCUCUUGGCACAGCAUUUACCAAAAACGCCAGUCAAAUUUGACAGCUUUCAGGUACACUUUCGAUUACUUGACAUAAACUAGUUGAAUUUAAAUGUUUCUUUUAAGUUACAUAAUUUUAAUACCUGAUUAGUCUGAUUUGUUAGUUACUUAAAAUAGCAGUACAAAACAUUAUUGUAAUCUGAAACCUGAGUGGCUUUAUUAACAACAUCACACUGCUCCAGCUUGUCAUAGAUUUGAAACUUGUAAGGAAAUUAUGUAACAGAGAUCAAAGUCUGGUUAAGGCAGAAUUUUGUACCACAGUGAUUUGAACCCAUUGAAAUUCAAACUUAUCCAAGAGCUAAAUUGACUUCCAAGGUGACACAUCUAUUACAGUCACAAUUAAAAAUUAACACAUUUGUGGUAUUUGAGUAUCUCCCAAUUACUGCUUAAUUACUUUAUAUUUCCACUCCCUACCAUCUCCAAAUAAUUUAAUAUCAGAUGCUGGUCUCCUGGCAAAACAGGUUCAAGUUAAAAGUCACUAGGAGGCAUUCAAGAUCAGUUGAGGAUAACAACUUCCCAUAUUCUUGAGGUUAAAAUGCCAAUCCCUAGCUCCCCCACUACUCUUUAUUUGCUCAUACAACCAACGCUGGUUCUAAUAAGAAGAUUUAAUGUUCUCGUGCUCCUAAGUGAAUAAAAAACAUUCCCACCAGCUUUGAAAGCAAGCUUCUUCUAAGAUAACCCUAUAUCUGGAACUAAAUUUGGAGUGAGAUUUAAUUUGAGUAAUUUUUAAAAAUCUAGGCAUGCUAUCACUAACAGUAAUCAGGACAUGUUUAAAAAUAUCUACUGUCAUUGAAGGUUUUGAGCUGAUUUACAUCAACAUCUUAUAGACUUUUGUUACAGUGGGAGCAAGCACUAACCAAAUUAAAUUGUUAAUACUGAAAAGUAUUUAAGUAUAUCAGAGUUUCUCUGCAAGUCCAGUAGAAAGAUCAUUUCAUGAUUACUGCCCGAUGUGAUGUUUUGGUAUUGAGCAUUUCCACAUUCUUAUGGCAAUUCCAUCGAAGGUAUAUUUUUGAAAGUCUUGAUGUUGAUUUUAUUUUUCUGCUUAAUUUAUCAAAGAGGAGUCAAAAAUAUAGCAAUAUAGCAUAGCUUCCUCCCCAUCCCUAAUUAACUAACCACCUCAUGAAACAAUGAGAGACUCUCUCGAAGGGAGCACAUCUCUGACUUGUUUUCAGUGAAUGGAGACCAGUUUGGAGUUGAAGUUAUUUUUUCUAUAUGCAGAUAGAAAUCAGUGCUCAGACUUUAAAACAGUAGCAAUCAUGUGACUCACUG